UUUGAAGUGAGCCAACGAAGCGUGCGGACGUGCGCAGCGAACAAAGCAAAACAGAGCAGAGCAGAGCAGACAGCCGAAAGCAGAAGCAGAACAAAGUGAACGAACCUGACGCAUUUUUGACGAGUGCGUAAACGGCGGCAGCAACAGCAACAACAACAAAGAAUUUGUGUAGUUAAUUUAUUCAUUGUGUGCGUCGUGCGAAUCUGCAAAGAGAAAGUCUUGAGUCAUCUGCAAAAGAAAGACAGACAUUAUUAAUUAAUUGCAAACAAUUGUGCAAUUGGAAACAAAGAAACAAGUUUCCUGUGACAGCAUCAAAAACAACAACAACAGCAGCAACAGCAACAACUACAAAUUCAUCACACACCGAUCUACAAUGGCUGUGGCCUUCUAUAUUCCCGAUCAGGCGACGCUGCUGCGCAAGGCGCGAGAGCAGGAGCAGCAAUUGUUGCGCCUACGCCACUGGCAGAUGGCUACAGUGAUGCUUAACACUAUACGCCAGCUCAUGGACUCCACGGCCAGUCAGUGUCUGCAGCGUGCAGGACGCAAGUGCGGCAAGUGGCGCAAACCAUCGCAGUAAAAAACGCAGGCUUGAGUAAACCACAACAACCACAACAACCACAACAACAACAACUACUACAACUACUACUACUAUGGCAACAACAACUACAACUCUUACUACAGUCAACAGUCAGUACAAAGGAACCAACAGCGAGAGCAACAAGUUGCCGUCGGCCCUUUGCCUUUACAAUGUCACUUCCCCGACGGAACAUUGAACUGAAUUUUAUUUUAUUUCCUUAACUUAUUUUCCAAAAGAUAUCUACAAAAUUAAUGCAGCCCCUCUUAAGUUUACUCAUCAAAGCGAUUGUGAUAAUGGUUUUGUUUCUACACAGCAGCAACAACAACAACAACAACAACAUCGAUAACUAUAUAAGAACAUAUAGCUUGAAAUUGAUUUAACGAACAUUUCUAGAUUUAGCAAUAUUUGAUUUUUAAAUAUUUUAAAUCUUAUUAUGGAAACACUUUAAAUAUUAGUUUGUAAGUUUUUGUAAGCAUCCUGCUUAGUUCUUAAGCGAUAGAUAUUUUGUAAAAGCUGACAAAGAGAUUAUACAGAAUUCAGAAAAA